AUGGGGCUCAUAUCCGCCAAAACCAUCUUAACCUCCAUCUCCCUCUUCCACAUCACCCUCGCCUUCUUCUUCAUCACCCGUCCCGCCACCAUUGCCGACCAGGGUGUAGUCUGGCUACUGGGGGAGGCUAUGGGCCUGCCUCACGCAACCAACUUCGAGACCCAAUCCCCCACCACCGCCUUCCUCGGCAUCAUCCUCGGUCUCUGGGGCCUUUCGGACCUUGUGUCUCUUUCCAUGCCCGAAGAGAUUUCCUUGCUACACCACUGGGGUUCUCAAGUCCCCCUGCGCCUUACUUUCAGUUUUCUUUUGACGCUCUACAGCUUCUUCUUCUCCGCUUCUUCGCCGUUCAUCAACGAUGACAACGCUCAGCAGCAGCAGUUCAGCCAUCCCAAGACGCCGGCGUACAAUUUCGGGGUCAAAGAGGCUGCGGGAGACUGGGGCUGGGGAGGGGAUGCGUUGAAAAAACAGGGUUUUCUUCACCUUCAUGUUUGUGGAGACUUUUUAGCCUGGGUUUUGGGCGCUGAUGAGCCUGAAUGA